AUGGCUACGGCAAAGACCAUAUUUUUCUUGGGCAUUGCUUUCCUUUCUUGCAGCAUGAUAGGUGCAUCGCGUAACAUUGGGACUCGCCGAAGCCUCCUUCCAAAUAGUGGUCCUGCAAUUUUCGAUGUAAAAAAAUUCGGUGCUGUGGCAGAUGACAAGACUGACAAUAUUGACGCAUUUAGGGCUGCAUGGGGAGCAGCUUGCAAAAAUAGUACUGUUCCAGCAAAGGUUUUAAUCCCAGCAGGAACAUUUCGUGCUGGCCAAACUAUGUUCGCAGGGCCAUGUACCAGCCCAAAGCCCAUAACCGUUGAAGUUAUAGGAACUGUUAAAGCCACAACAGAUUUAUCUGAGUAUUACAGUCCAGAAUGGUUCACAUUUGAAGACAUUGACGGCUUGGAGUUGCAUGGCACAGGAGUUUUCGAUGGCCAAGGAGCCGUUAGUUGGCCGUUUAAUGACUGCAAGAAGACCAAGGGCCAAUGUGCUUCCCUCCCAGCUUCUCUGAAAUUCAAUCAAGUGAACAAUGCCAUCGUGACGGACAUCACUUCGUUAAAUAGCAUGCAGUUCCACUUUCAUCUUCAUGGCUGUAACAACAUUUCAUUCUCUAACCUCCACAUAACGGCACCUGGAAACAGUCCAAACACAGAUGGCAUGCAUAUUAGCUUGAGCGAUGGGAUUAACGUUUCUAAUAGCAUCAUUGGAACCGGCGAUGAUUGCAUUUCCGUUGGACAUAGCACCAGCAACAUUGCUAUCACUAACAUUACCUGCGGCCCGGGUCAUGGCAUCAGUGUUGGAAGCCUUGGUAAGAGACCAGAGGAGAAAAGUGUUAACGGUGUUACCGUUACAAAGUGCACCUUCAUAAACACAACCAACGGUGCCAGAAUCAAAACCUGGUUGGGGACAACUCCAGCGGAAGCAAAAAACAUUAUCUAUGAAGACCUCACAAUGACCAAUGUCCAAAAUCCCAUUGUUAUUGACCAGAGUUAUGGUUCCAAAAAGAAACGACAGGCAUCAACUUCGGUGUGGAAGAUAAGCGAUGUUCAUUUCCGUAAGAUAAAAGGAACUACAGUCUCAAACAUUGCAGUGUCUUUGCAAUGCAGCACACGAAACCCAUGCGAAGGUGUUGAGAUAGCCGAUGUUGAUUUGGCUUAUGCUGGCAAUCCGCGGAACAUGACUUUCUUAUCUUCUUGUUUGAAUGCAAAAGCUAUUUUCGGAGGGAUACUCAACCCUCCAGCUUGUGUUAAAUUAUUUUGA